AUGGCGGCGGUGCUGUCUCUGGCGAAAAUCGCGGCGGCGGUGGCGCAGCAAACGCAGCUGCACCGCCUCCGCUCGCAGGAGCCGCCCCCGGAGGCGGGGGCCGGGCUGGCGGCGGCCAUCGGCCUCAUGCUGCCGAGCGACCGCGCCUGGCGCAUGGACAACUACUUCCGCCUGGUCACCAGGCAGCGCGCCAUAGCGGCCUCUGGACAGAUGGCGAGCCCGGUGGUGAUGGCGCCGCCCGCGGAGACGCAGCCGCUGUGGGGGUGUGCGGGGGUGGCGACCCGCCGGCCGCUGGCGGAGGCGCGCGAGCGCAGGCCCGCGGGAAGGCCCGUGCAGGACAUCGCCAAGGCGGGCUGCCUGCUAGCCGCGCCGCCGCUGCCCGUGCACUUCCAGGACGAGGAGGACAUGCGACGCGUCUACGCCCUCAUCUACGACGUCUUCCGCUAUAAGAGUGUGAUGGACCAAGCCCUCAUAGACGUGUCGUUCUUCCAGCUUAAUCCACAUCUGCGGGGCCAGCGCAGCCAGGUGUGGCUGCUGCUGUUCGACCUGUGGCAGCGCGACUUCAAAGCGCGGGAGCCGGCGCCCCUUCUGGCGCAGGCCGGGCUCGCCGACGCCGAGGCGGCGCUGUGGGCGGCGCACGUGCGCCUGGCGGCCGCGCUCGCGCGCAUGCGCAUCAAGCACCGCGCGCCGCGCCUCGAGCUGCUACUGCCGCCGCACCUGCGCGACCACCGCGUCGUCGCCAUCGACAGCGCCUUCGUCUCCGCCUGGCUCAACCCCUUUCGCACCAGAGACAAGGUGCCCCUGCAGCUGCUGGAGGAGGCGGGUCUGCGGCCGCUGGCGGUGGGCGAGUUCCACCUCACACGGGACACCUUCACGGCCGACGGCGCCUGUCCCAGGGUCAUCCUGUUCCACCCAGACCGGCGCGCCGACCUGGCCCAGAGCCGCGUCGUGCGCGACUACCAGCUCAUCCUGCAGGACCGCACGUUCUGCCUGGGCCCGUCCGCAAUGGCGCGCACGCUGCGGAAACUGGAGCUGCGCGGCUGCGUGGCUCAGACGCACAUCAACUCGGCGCGCACCACCGCCUACCUGGCUGCCCUCCUCUCAGACGACGACAGCGUCCACAAGCUGCUCGCCUUCGGCGCCGGAGACAGGAAGGAGGAGUACGAGGCGUACCUGCGGGCGCUGGGAGUGCAGAACGUGGAGGUGCACGCCGAGAGCUUCGUGGAGGCGGCGGCGCAGCACACGGCCUCAGCCAGGGCUGCCGAGGAGGACACGGAGACCGCCGUCUCCGAAGACAUCGUAAAUUUGUCAGGCGACAGCGCAGCGCUGACGGCGUCAGAGGAGAUGUGGUCGGCGAGCGGCGACGAGGGCCCGCUGUCGUCGGUGGUGGCGGUGCUGGCGACGCCGCCCAGCACGUACUCCGGCGUCGCCGACCCGGUGGAGCUGGCGUGCUCGCGCGGCGGGGACCUCUCCGUGCUGCAGCUGCUCACAGACAGCGACGCGGGCUCCGCCGCCAGGGGGCGCGUCGCCGCCAUCCUCGACGAGCAGCGACAGACGCUGCUGCGCGCCAUGUCGCGGCCACAGAUCCAGGUGGUGCUGUACGAGACGCACUCUAUCGUGGCUGCGGAGAACAGUGACAUGGUGUCGAGGCUGGUGCGAGAGGUGAACCACGCGGCGCUGGAGCGGCACGCCGAGGAGCGUGGGAGGCCCCUGCAGCCCGGGGUGCCGCCCCCAGACCACCUCUUCCAGGACCUCCAGGUGCCACCCUGCGAUCUGUUCGAAGUUGGUACACUCCCUGAUAUGGGCCCCAAUGGCGAAGAUCACCAUAACUUCGAAGAAGAGGGUUGCUAUCUGGCCGUCCUCCAGAGAAAGGAGGUGGUCCGGCUCGACAACAAGUACAUGAUCGACAUAGCGGAGUCGCGCGGGCUGUUCGGCGUUCCGGCGGGCGCCAAGAAGUCGGCGGCCGGGCGGCGACGGCGCGAG